AAACAAAUCCACUUACUACGAACCUGUUUUAAUUUAAUUUGUUAUUCAUUAUCGUCCCAGAUAAACACUUUCAGACGAUGUUAAAGUUCUGAUUAAUUUAGAUAGCGUAGUUAUUAAAAUGGCUCCUAAAUUAUACGGAGAUAUUCGUAGUCCUUGUGUAAGAGCUGUGUUGUUAACCAUAAAGGCAUUAGAAAUUGAAGUGGAGUACGUUCCUAUAGAUGUGUUAAAAAAUGAACAUUUGACACCUGAAUAUUUGAAGAUCAACCCAAGGCAUACAGUUCCUAGUUUAGACGACAACGGUUUUAUAGUAUGGGACAGUCAUGCUAUUAUGAUAUAUUUAGCAGAAAAAUAUGGAAAAAAUAAUUCAAUUUAUCCAGAUGAUGGUCAAAAACGAGCUAUUAUUCAUCAGAUGCUCUUUUUCGAAACAGGAGAUAUUUUUGCCAUUCACAGAUACAUUGCUUAUAGCAUCCUCCACAAAGAUAAUAAAGAACCGGAAAAGGAUCCUGUUGAAGUUUUAGAAAAAAGCUACGAAAAUUUGGAAAUAUUUUUAAAAAAUUCAAAAUACCUUACAGGUGCUGAACUAACGAUAGCCGACUUCAGCUUUUGGACUACGCUUUCAAACUCACGGGUUUUGGUACCGAUUAAUGAAACGAAAUAUCCUAGAAUUAAGGAGUGGUUAAAAUUAAUGGAUAGUCUACCCUAUAGAGAUCUAAAUGAAAUUGGAAGAAAGAAAUUUGUGGACAUUUUCAGUAAAAUAUUAAAAAAAUAAUUUCGCAGCUUUUGAGUUAUAGAUUAGGUAUUCGGAAAUUGUAUAAUACUACCCACGCUAAUUAGUAAAAUUAUAAAAAAACUUAUUGAAUUAAUAAAAAUCUAAUACUGUA